CUUGUUGCAUGUGCUUGUGCAGUGCCGUGAUUUGUUUGUUAUUUUUUUUGGAAUUAUCAAAAAUCGCGAGUGCUUACGACUAUUUUAUUUUUAGAAUUUGAUACUUUUUAAUUGAUAUUCUCAUUAACCCAUUGUUUUGUAGUAUACUAGUGACUAAAGUGUUAUCUAUUUUGAUUUAGGACCUUCGGAUUUUUUGUUGUGUACCUUCAUAUUUUUUGUCUACGUGCUUAGAUUUUUAUGCGGGUACAGUCAACCAUUAUUUUUACUGCUUGACAAAAUGACAAUCACCGAUCAUUUAUUUUUAUUUACAUCAACUUUGUGAAGUUUUGUAGUUGAAGUGAUGUGAAGUGUCGACACAGGGCGGGGGCGCCGCCCCAGUCGACCAUGGACCGAGGCUACGACAAGAAGCAUAUGAAACACCACAAGGAGAAGCAUAAGAAACGUGCUCACAAGAAGCACAAGUCACAUUCAGGUAGUUCUCAUGAACAAUCUUAUGCUACAGUCAAUUCUAACAAACCUCUUGUGGAGUAUUCCGAUGUCAGUUCUGAGGCAUUAUCAGCCCCGGAAGCUGGUGAGAUUGACAGUGAAGCAAGCUCUAUCAGCAGGCAUAUCGCUGAUGACCUUGACAGGACGAGGAAGUCCCAUUCCAUACGUACAUUUGUAGAUAACAAGACAAUAUCAGUGACAACUACGAGUCGCCGGGCUGCUGAGGAGUAUGCUUUGAGGGAUGCUUCGGUGCCGAGGAAGAGGCGCUCUGAGUAUGAUGAUGGGGAAGCAGAGUUUGAUGACCAUGGUAGAUUUAAGAAGAAAAAAGAGAAGCGGAAAAAAGAUAAGAAAAAGAAGAAGAAGAAGUCAAAGAAUAGGUCACGGUCAGCGAGUUUGGAGAGUGUGUCUCCAGACGAUAAUGUGCCUGAAGAGCUUCCAUUGAGGGCGGCUAGUCCUCAGAGAUACCAGCAGGUGCCUGUGAGUGAGUGGGAGAAGGCAUCGUCUCCAUUACGGAAUGGAUCAUGUUCGCCGAUGUCGCCGUCGACGACGCCUCUGAUGCGCCUCGAGUCGCCGCGCCACCGGCCGUUCGUCCGGGAGGCAUCGCUGCAUCACAACCAGAUACCUUAUUCUCCGCACCGGGAGAGAUCACCACCUAUCAGCCCAUCCUGGAUUCCGCCGAUUCAUCAUAUGGCACCCUAUAUUAUACAGAAUAAUUGCGAUUUGAGACGACAGAAAUCAACGACACCCCACACGCCGUCAGCGCCUCCGUACCACGACACGGUGACCAUAGACUCGGACACGGAGCAGGACUAUGAGCGCGGCAGACGCGACUACUGGCACGACCAGCAUCGCGUGCAGUCGCCCAUCAUGGUGUCCGGUAACAUGCGAUACUCGCCGGUGCACGAGGUGUCCCGGGGCCGCGAGUACAGCCCGCGGCGGCCGCACCGGCGCCGCAGCCCGCACCACCGCCGCCGCUCGCGCUCCCGGGAUAGGCAUCGCGACAGGGAGUUCAAGCCGACUCAUCGGUCGCAUAGUCGCAGUUCGCUGAAGCGUCGUCGCUCGGGCUCCCGCAGCCGGCGGCGCGGCUCCACGCAGUCGCCACCGCGGCACCGCGCCAAACAUCGUGACGCCUCGCCUAGGGAACGACACCGUAUCAAGCACGAGUCUCCGAGCCCGCCGACCGUGCUACAACGCAAGAUCGACUUCAAGGAGAAGAUUAGCGACACCAGUCUGUUCGCUGAGCUAGUCAAGGACAAGCAUAAGAGAGCUAAGAAACUACAAGAGAUCUUGAACCAGAAAGAGGAGGAGUCUCAGGGAGCGCUGUCGAACACCACGUCCAUCAACAACCCGGAGAUACUCACCAUUGACGAGCUCUCCAAUAUGACUUGCGAUAGCUCUACACAGCAAUCUAAAGAGAACGGCGAGGCAUCUCGUGAAGCGGGCGACAUAGUAGACAUUCCGAUGCCGAGCUCCGACAGCGCUCCGCUGCAGCCGCCGCCCGACUUCUCCGCCUUCGAGCUCAAGGAGCCACCCAAGAUGCCCGAGCCACCUCAGCCACCGCAGCCGCCGCAGCCCCCGCAGCCACCCCAGCCACCUCAGCCCCCGCCGGUGACGGAGACGAACGGAGAUGCUGCGCCCUUGCCGCCUAAUCCGGCUCCUGUUGAGAAGCCGCUAACUCCGCCACCACCAGCGCCAGCUUUACCCCGGUCCCCGGCAGCCGCGGCGCCGCCCAAGCCCAGCGUGGUGGAGGCGGUGUACUACCAGAACAGCCAGCCGCCUCCCGCCAAGCCCAAGAGCCUCACCAAGCUGCCCAUGCCGCCUAACACACAGGUGGAGGAUUUGAAGACGUUGGCGAACGAGAGUCCGCUAAGUACGCCGUCUCCGUCGCCCGUGAAGAAGCCCGACAAGCCCAAGCGUACCGGCAUCAUGAACUUACCCAUGCCGCCUGGCGUGACAGUGAUCCCGGGCUCGGAGGAGUUGUCUGGCGACGAGCUGGACGGCGGCACCCCGCCGCCCGCCUGCCGCCGCGACCAGUACUCGCAUGUCUUCAGCAACAGGAAACAUGCUAGAGACAAUUCGGGUUCGAAGCUGAAGCGGCCGCGUAUCCUGAAGCGUCGCGGGUCUAAGGUGGUGCCCGUCGCCACUCCCACGCAUCACGCUAAGGACUGGGGAGAGAAAUGUGUUGAUGGUUUCCAGGUAAUAACCCAAAUCGGCGAAGGCACAUACGGCCAAGUAUACAAGGCCCGCGACAAGAACACUUCUCAACUCGUAGCGCUGAAGAAAGUGAGGCUCGAGAACGAGAAGGAAGGGUUCCCCAUCACCGCUGUCAGAGAGAUCAAGAUCCUGAGGCAGCUCAACCAUAAGAAUAUUGUUAAUCUCAGGGAAAUUGUCACUGAUAAGCAGGAUGCUUUGGACUUUAGGAAGGACAAAGGCUCCUUCUACCUCGUCUUCGAGUACAUGGACCACGACCUGAUGGGUCUCCUGGAAUCCAAGAUGGUGGACUUCACAGAGUCACACAACGCCAGCAUCAUGCGACAGCUGCUGGACGGACUGGCCUACUGUCACCGCAAGAACUUCCUGCAUAGAGACAUCAAGUGCAGCAAUAUAUUGAUGAAUAAUAAAGGCGAAGUAAAACUCGGCGACUUCGGUCUGGCGCGGCUGUGGUCUGCCGAGGACCGAGCUCGGCCCUACACCAACAAGGUCAUCACGCUGUGGUACCGCCCGCCAGAACUGCUGCUCGGGGAAGAGAGAUACGGACCUGCUGUCGAUGUCUGGUCCAUGGGAUGUAUACUGGGGGAGCUGUUUUUGAAGCAUCCGCUGUUCCAGGCCAACGUAGAAAUGAUGCAACUAGAAAUGAUAUCCCGCGUCUGCGGCACCCCCGUCCCCGGCGUGUGGCCCAACGUGGUCAACCUGCCUCUGUGGCACACUCUGCGGCCGAAGAAGUUCCACAAGCGCUGCGUGCGCGAGCACUUCGCCUUCAUGCCGCCGCACGCGCUGACCCUGCUCGACCGCAUGCUCGAGCUCGACCCCGACAGGAGGAUCACUGCUGAGGAUGCUUUGAAAAGCCCCUGGUUGAAGAACGUGGUGCCAGACCAUUAUACCAAAUGGGAUUAUCAAAAUCCAAUGCCUGCACCCGAGCUGCCGACAUGGCAGGACUGCCACGAGCUCUGGUCCAAACAACGUCGCCGACAACAGAGAGAACAGGACCAUACACAAGGCAAGAAGCCCUAUGGAUACCCAGAAGACAAAGACCAACCCAAAAACGACAACCAGGACUAUAAGAGUGAGCCUUACAAGUCUGAGAGCGGCUUCAAACCUACCGAGCCAACACAAGAGGCUGUCGGCCAAGUGAAAUAGUACAGACUACAUUGUAAGAGGUACUUUCGCAAACGAAAGAAACGGUGCUUAUAUUAGACCAAUUGACUUUGUGAUCUAGAAUAAUUAGUUGCCUGUGGAGUGCUCGUGACGAAGUGUGGGUUCCGUGCAGUGCGGUAUUGUGCCUAGUCUAUUGAUAGCUUCAAUCUCAUGUACGAUUAGCUCAUAAGGUGAAGGCUGUGUUCUUCAAGAAACUUUAGCACUAUGCUAUGCUUCUUGCACAAUUACGAAUAUUCAGUACAAAAUUUAACAACUCGAUCCGAUGCACUAACGUCGGCUAUUGAAGAGGAUAGUCUGAAUAGACUUUACUUUCUGUAUUUUUAAUAAAAUCUAAUCUUAUAUGGAAUUUAAAUUUAAUGAUGAUUGUAAAGGUGCGGAACCCUGUGAAGCAAUUUAACUUAUUGCGUUUAACGUAACGCGUACCAAAAUGUAUGAUAAUAUAGUAGUAACCAAAGUAUCGCAUAGCGCUAGUUACCCUCGGACGGAUGUCAGGCGUCCUGUGCAUAUAUUUGUAAAUAAUGUAAACUAGAAUAAUUUCAAAUAAGAACAUUUUUGUUUAAUUUAAUUUUAGCGAAACGACUUGUUUUAUUUGUGUUAAGAGUCCUUGUGGUUUUAGCAAUGAUUUGACGGUUGGCAACACCGCGUUUUACCUUAUAAUCUGGCAACUGGCAGAAGUUGUCACGUCAGGCAGAGUACAAAGUGCCUAAAUCUCAUUUUAUUCCUCUUGUCCUCCCCUUGCAUAGUUCUGUCUGUAAAAAUACCUUUCCUGUCAUUCAUACUUUGAUUCCUUAUCUAAGAAAAAUUAAUAAGUUCGAAUAAGUUGCCAGCAUUCAAUCAAAUACCAGCCUUUGUGUUGCCAACAUGAAUGCAAAACAGCAUAAUAGUUACAUCCUAUUCCAAUAUGAAGUAGUAAGACCUCUUUCGCCUUGUAAACGAAGAAAACAGUUUGUCCAAAAUACUGCCAUUUUGUAUGUGAUUAAGAUAAGCUCUUACACUACAAAUUGAAUGUUGAAUUUAUUAGGAAAUUAUUGAGUUACUUUUGCAAUACUCAACAUUUGGGCACACUUGUCUCAAAAUUUACAAGACGAUGUUCAAAAUGCAUACAAUUUGCUAUUACAACAUCACCUUUGUCUAAAAGGUAAAAAAUAAAAACUAUGCUUUACUGCAUUUUUUGAAGAAGAUGUCUGUGCAACGACAAAAGUAAUAAAAGAAGCUUGGAAUCCAAUAUAUGUGAGCAAUAUUUAACAUGAAUUAUUUUCCUAAUUACACAGUAAGUUGAUGUGAAGGUCCGUCGAUGUUGUCAUUAUCAAAAUAAUGUUAAUGAUGUUAAUUAAUCGAAAUAUGUUAGACAGUAUGUUCUUCUGGGGAGACUGUGAUUAUGUAUAAAUCGGAAUUGAGUUGUUUUGUCUCGGUUGUUUCGCAUACUUUUAUAUGUUUAAUGUUAGGUGUUCGUUGGGUCCUGUAUGCGCUGUUUUGGGCGAUAUGCAUGUCCUUAAAUUAAGAAGUGUGCUGGUCAUAUAAUAUGAUUUCAAAACAAUGAUUGAGAAAUGUUUUUCAUCACUUGUGUCAUUGGAUCUCACUACAAUUUUAGAUUAGGUUUGCCAGAAGAAUUCGCAUAUUUCUCAAUGUACCAGCAAUGUUUUAACUGUAUUUAUUGAAUGCUUCAAGUUUAUUCAUAUCGCUCUUAAUUCGAAUAGUAAGUCAUAGCAAUAAUAUUGGACCUGACUUAGUUGGCAUUUAUAUAAUAUAAGCGUGUAUGUAUAUAUUCAUGAGUUCCAGACACCGACAAUGGUGAUUUUCAUCUAGUUAGAAAUACCUAAUAUAUAUCAUGUUGUCUGUUCACAAAAUAUAUGAUUGGAUGUAAAAAUUACUUGUAACUUAGGAGCUGCGUUAUUUUUUUAAACAAUUGUCUAGUAAAUAUGUCUGAGCGUCUAUAGUUAUUGUUUUGCAUUAUUUUAAGAACGUAUCUUCCAUGAAUUAGUUGAAAUGUAUAUAGAAUAGAAUAAACUUCCUCCUGCAUUUUAUAAACGAUAUUGUUUCGAUCGAGAAGGCGGAAAUUCACACGAAGCGACCAUUAAUUUUAUGCACCUCUGUAAAGAAUAUUGUGUAGAAUGGAAUUCAUAUAAUUAUAAAGUUAUAAAUGUGUUUUAGUCCUCAGGUGAGGUUACAUGCAUGUACAUAAAUAGGGAAUAUAAUAAAUAUGACAACGCCAAUAUUUAUAGUUUUAAAUGUUUCAUGUCUGUAGACAAUAUGUUGCGAUAUUGUGAAUUUUCGCUUUCUGUGACGCGGUAAGAUCAUUGUGGCAAGUCAUCGGCUGAAAGACUAUGUUCCCUUGUAUUAUAUUAGUUUUAAGACGCGAUAUCUUUCGUGUAAAUAAUCCGGAGUUUCGGAGAUAAUCGUCGUUUUUUUAUAUUUUGUAUGGUGUGCUAAUUGGAGGGUAGUUUGUUUUUAUUUUGUUAUUGUGUGGGUGUUCGAUUUUAUCAAUGAAUAUGCUUGGAUCGCCGUCCAGGUCACAACCGUAGAUGGAAAUUGUAUGGAGAAAAUUAAGAAAUAAUGUAUACAAUGAAUUGCCAAGAAGCUGAAUAUUUUAUAUCUGAUCAAAUUAUCCGCAUUGACAGGGUAGGUCCGCAGUUAUUGAACUAAUUAGUUAUUCCGUGAUUGUUUCGUUUUACAGUAAGACUGAAGUAGAUAGAACGGACGAUUGUCUGUCACUGUAACUCUGGAUUGUUGUUAUCACAUUUAUGAUAAUAAUAAUUGUAAAAAUGUACCUAAUGUUUUUUAAAAUAAUUAUACCUACGAUGAAAUAUGA